AAGUACCAUACUUCCAAUUUAGAGUGACCUCCCCUUAAUGAUAUACUAACAAGAAUGGCUUCCAACAACCAUCAGAUGCUCCUGUGUAAUUCUGACGGUGAAAGCGGUCCUAUUAAUCAUCAGAUGACGUUGCUAGAGCUUCCAGAAGAGAUCCUGUAUAACAUUAUUUCUUAUCUUUCCUACAACGAAAUAAGCGAAUCUCGAAAUGCGUGUCAGACCAUUAAUAAACUGUGCCAGCAGGUGCUAAACCAUGGUUUCACCAAGGUAGAUAAACAACACACUCAGAUACAGAAAAGAGUGAAAAGUCAACUUCCUCGCCGAGAAUCAGAGAGACGAAAUCAUCCUCUUGCCCGUCAUGUAGACAUCCUGUCUGCCAUAGAGACACGCCUAUCUCUACUGGGUAUGACAUACACUCGCUACAUAGACAUGGGGCUUUGCUGCUUCAUUCCAGGAAAGGUACUGGACGAACUGCUGAGGAUACUUGCUACGCUCCAGAGGACAGAUCAGCCUCCACGUGCCCAUGAAUUUCUCCAGGAAUUGCGUGACAUAUCUUCCAUGGCCAUGGAACACUUUGAGGAGAAGAUUUCUCCAGCCCUUAAAGCUCGUAUGCCAGCUGUUACGCUUCCCUUCCCAUUUGGUGAUCACUGUUCUGCCAGUCCAGAACCCCAACAUAGUAUUGCAGGUCCAUCCACAUCUCCAAUGCUGGCUUUGGCGACCAGUCCCAUGCGAAAUAACCCUCUGCGACAGGAAGUCAUCCGUCUUCAGAUGCAGUGCAAGUCUCAUACCUCCACCAUCUCACAGUGCAAAAAAGAACUUGUAGAGUGCAAGAAUCGCCAUAUAGAACAGAGCAAACGGAUCUCUGAACAAAACAGGAAAAUUCAGACACAGGCAAAAGUGAUAUCUGAACAAGCAGAAUUGGUCAAAGAACAGGACAAAAAGCUCAGUGAUUUAAGCAAGAAAAUUCUUGAAUAUGAUCAGAAGUUCUCGGACGUGUAUACAGAGCUGUCAAAGAUGAAAGGUGAGGGUGAGAGUUCUUCCUCUGCGAGGGGCUGUCAGGGAAGUAGCUUUGUCAUAAGGUCAAGUGAGGGCAGCAAGGAGGAUAUGGAAAAGAGCAAGGCGAGUUUGAAAAGACGAGCUCUACGACAGGACUACCCGUUCAAGAAACAAAAGACUUGAUCACACUAUUAGCUUGAGGGAAUAUUUACGUUUGUGUUGUUACUAAGUGAAUUUGAUACUAGAAUUAUUGUUGUAGAUUUUACUAAAUGACUAGGAGAUGUAUUUAAGUUUUAAACAUGUUGUACAGGUUUUUACUUGUCUGAUGUGAGAAAGGGAGGGAAAUCACGAAAUGUGUGUAGCUGUUAACAGACUGGUACCAGAACGUUCAGACUGACAGUGCUGUAAUGAAUUAAUCUCAAAUCUUUGAUCAUGAUAAUUAUCAAGCCCUAUGUUGAUAUGACAAAUAAGGAAAUAGAAAGUUGAACUGUAUUUAAAAGAAUGGGCACAAAAUGUGAAAUAUGAAGACAUAGAUGCAACCAAAGAAAGCUCACAAAUAUAUUAAGAAGACUGAUAUAUGUAUUUCAUAGUUUUAGAGUCUUGCUAUUGUAAUUUUGUCCAUCAUGAGAAGGUAAGUAUUGAGUUAGGAGUACAUGAUUCCAGGUGAAUAUUUCUCAUUGAUUAAACACACAACCACCACAUGUUCAAGAUAUUUUUUACUAUUUUCUCACAAUUUUCCAUAAACAAGAUACAUGUAAACAGUAUCCCUUGUUGAACAUUCAUCUGAGAUAGCUCUGAGGUAUCUCAUUAAUGUACCAACUGGUGUCUCGUGCCUAGUUUGAUGGACUCCAGGCAUGUCACAAGUUUCAGUAGUACCGACACGUCAGAUGUUAGGUCAAGAGUUAUGCCCCUUACACUGCACUAUUGAUGAUAAAUGUGGCAAUGGGUUUUCUUCAGUAUAUAUAUAUGAUUUUUUUUGCAAAAAUUAAGGAUCUAAGAACUAAGCAGUGGUAUGAUUAUGAGUCCAUUAUGGGGCUAUUUUACUGUCUUUAUAUAAUAUAAAUCUGGAUUGUGAGGCUCCUGUGUGUAUUUGUUGCUAAAAUAAGACUUGACAAACCAAAAUAAUACCAAAUCAAUUCAAUAUCAUAAUCCUCCAAAUAAUGAUUUUAAGAAUAGUAAUGUGCAGUUUGAAAUAUACAGUCUCCACUUAUGUUAGUCAUAUCAAGUAACGAAUAAUUAUUCAAAGUCAACAUAUUCACAAAGAUUAUCGGAUAUUAAAUAUCAUCAAAUGAAAACCGGUUAAGGAGGAAAAACUGACACAUUGUAAGUGAAGAUUUUGGAUGGUCACCACACGGUUGUCACAUUUAAAUCCAUGAAUCUGCCAAACAGCAUUACACAGGGCCAGUCAGCACUGGUUUUACUUCUUUUUGACUGUGGUUUCUGUAUACUGUGGUUCUGUGCUAUAUUAGAAAUUUCCAAGAUUUUUUCUGGUAAAGCUAUAUAUGCCUUAAAAACUGUUUGCACUUUGUGAAACUCUUGAAAGUGGUUUAUCAUUUUAUGGAAGGGAGCUUUACCAGAACGAAACCUUGUUUUUUCCCUGUAAGUUCAUUUAAAGACACUUUUUAUAUGCAGAUUUAAUUGUUGUUUAUUCAUUUUUUGACUGAAAUACAUAAAGUAAAGUACACAUUAAUUUGUUAUGUGGUCAUUAUUGAGAAAUAAGUAUUUAAGGAUCCCUAUUCCACUGAACUGUGAUUGUUUCUAUAUGCAGUAACCUCCCCUUAAUUUCUGUUUGGAUAUAACGGUAGAACCAUUGGGCCGGGACACUUCCGUCAACCAGGGCCCAGUUGUUCAAAAGGUGAUUAGCGCAAAUUUAAAUUUUUGUGUAUUUGUAAAACAAAAUCAUUGAAUUAGUUACAACUUUCCAGCUAUUAAAAAUUCAGUAGAGUGAAUUUACAUGCAAAUUUGUGAAAUGUUUCCUUAUAUAUUGACGCAAUUAUUAAAGGUUGAAAAAUGUCGUUAAACAGUGAUUAAGCUUACCACCUUUUGAACAACUGGGCCCAGGUAGCUCAAUCGGUUAGAGCUAUAGUUUAGCCGUCCAGAGUACAUGGUUCGAUUUCAGGUCUAGCCCUGUGGUGGUGUUGUUUUACACUCGGGACACUGUUGUUGAUUAUGUUUUGUUUAAGUCCCACAAGGUAUAAUUUUUCAUUUCAGAAAUGAUUCAUCAAAAUUUUGGUCAUGCCAGAAAAUGAAAUAGCAAUAUGCUAUUUUUUUUAUUUAUUUAUUUAUUUCAUUUUUUAAUUGUCAUGUAUAAAAGCUGUACAAGGCUUGUACAUGAUAAACAUGAAUAAUGAUUCUAUUAUAGACUGGGCUAACAACAUAUACACUGGUCAACCAAUUUUAUAUACUUUAUUCUUUCAAACAUAUAUGUACCGAAACCUGGGCCCGUAUUCAUGAAACUGUUCUCAUGCUCAAGCAUGGAUUUUGUGCUCAAACCAACUUUCUAGUAACUCAGUUAAAUCAUGUCAAUGAUCAAAAAGUCAAAUGUCAACAUUGAAAAUAGUAUUCAGCUAUAAGUCACUUCAACUUUUUACCAAAUCAUUGACAAAAUAGGUUUUUAUUAUAAAUUCCAAAUGGAAACACGAAAUUAGGCUUGAGCACAAAAUGCAUGCUUGGGAAUGAGAACGGUUUCAUGGAUACAGGUCCUGAAAUACCAUAAAGUAGGGGUUUUUGUACGUUAUUUUCUAUGAUAAUUAAGUAUGAACACUAGAUUAUCUGCUACAUAUGCUGCAUCUUGUCAUUCUGUAUUUCCUUUUAAAUUAUUUUAACAACCCGUUCACUACAUUCUAGAUGUUUUACACAGUACAUUUGUGUAUUGGUGUUGGCAGUGUUUUAAACCUGUUGUUAGAGCUUAGAAAAUGUACAGCUGGUAUAUUUAAUGUGAUUUAGACAUGUUAUUAGGAAUGAAGACUUGGCUGAUGACAAAUAACUUUGUGAAUCAUUAAAAUCUUGUGUAAAAUA